AUGGAUAGUCAACCAGGACCAUCACGAGAGAGGUCUCCAGUAGUAACGAGGCGUAAGACGUUGACUGACGAACAAUUAUUGGCAUUAUUACAAGAGUCAGAUGUAGAUGAUGGAGAUAGUGAUUUUGAAGUAGAUACAGAGGAAAGCGAUUCUGAAGAGAAUUUAUUGACGGAGGCAGACAUACCCGAAAUAAGACAUAGCAUAUCGGCUGAGCAUUGGAGUUCUAAUCCAGUACAAGUCCCAUUAAUUCCGUUUAUAGGAAAUGCAGGGUUGAAAGUACAGCCGAAAGGGCAUGAGCCUAUCGAUUAUUUUGAUUUGCUAGUAUCUGAUGAUUUUUAUAAUUUUAUAGUAGAAGAAACUAAUUUGUAUGCUGUUGAAGUUCUUUGUCUUUCGUCAGACAAAUCCAGGAUAACUCAUUGGAAAGAUUUAACUACCGCUGAACUGAAAGUAUUUUUGGGGCUACCUACUUUAUCAUACUGGAACAAUACGUUUAAAUAA